AUGUUUUCUGACCAUUUAAUUAAAAUAUUUUAUGUUUUAUUAAUUAUUUUAUCGUUAUAUAAUUCUUCCGGGGAAAAACAAAGUAGAAUUACCGAAAAUAAAAAACAACGGCAAAAACAACAACGUUUUGAGCAAAACGAGACGACGCCUCCUUCAGGCUGGCCAAAAAUACCUUCAAGAAAUGGAAAAAUAAGGGCCCCGGUUAGACCAGUAAAGGAAAUGACGCCGAUAGCAAAAUGGUAUCAGAAAGCUUAUGCAGACGAACGGCAACGAUUAAGACAAAAGGCUACAACUAAAGUGAAAACAAAUAAUAAUUAUUUGAAUUGA